CUACUGUCCUCUUCUUUCUUAAACAAUUCUAUUAUUCUCAUUUCUGAAAUCUGAACAACAGCUAACUGUUCCCACAAUUCUUCAUAUCAUAUCAUGGCAUUGACUGAUUGGGAAUCUCAUUAAAAGGCGCCUUGUCCAAAAAAGUAGUACUAGUAUAUAUAUAAAUUGAAGUGCCUCAAAAUCAUUUCAUGGUUGAUGUUAAUGAAAAAAUGAAAAAUGUAGAAGGAACCUAUCUUCUCUUUUUUCUUUUUCUGAUCUUGGCUGCUUUAUCAUCUCAAGUUUAUAGUAUUUCUAGUGAUUUCUCAAUAUUAGACAGAUCAAAUGAUUUCAUAUCAGAUGAAAGUGUUUUCCAACUUUUCCAAGAAUGGAAACAGAAGCAUGGGAAAGUUUACAAGGAUGAGAAAGAGGAAGAAAUGAGGUUGGAGAAGUUUAGAUGGAAUGUGAAGUAUAUAGUGGAAAAGAACUCAGAAAGGAAGUCAGCUUCAGAACAUUUCGUUGGUCUGACCAAUUUUGCUGAUAUGAGCAAUGAAGAGUUCAGGGAAGUUCAUGGUUCAAAGAUAAAGAUACCCUUUAACAAGAGAAAGAUUAUUCAGAUGAAGAAUGUGGAAGAAAAACCAACUUCAAUUUCUUGCGAUGCUCCUCGUUCGAGGGAUUGGAGGAAACACGGGGCUGUCACCGAGGUCAAGAACCAAGAACUAUGUGGAGCUUGCUGGGCAUUUUCAGCUUGUGGAGCCGUGGAGGGAAUAAAUGCAAUAAUUACUGGUGAACUUAUUAGCCUUUCUGUCCAAGAACUUGUCAACUGUGAUAAUUCAACCAAUACCGGCUGUUAUGGUGGAUAUAUGGACCCUGCUUUUGAGUGGGUGAUCAACAGUGGCGGCAUUGCUUCAGAAAUUGAUUACCCAUACACGGCCUCUCAAGGCGCAUGCAAGAUCACCAAGGUGAACCACAAGGUUGUAACAAUUGAUGGAUACCGAGAUGUUCCACAGGAGGAAACUGCCCUUCUUUGUGCUGUUGCUCAACAACCUGUCAGUGUUGGCAUCGAUGGAACGAGUGCUGAUUUUCAGCUGUAUAGAGGGGGAAUCUAUGAUGGAAGUUGCUCUAGUAGUCCAGAUGAUUUGAGCCAUGGAGUACUAAUAGUAGGAUAUGGUUCUGAAGGAGACGAUGACUACUGGAUAAUCAAGAACUCAUGGGGUACAUCAUGGGGAGUGGAGGGGUAUGGAUAUAUAAGAAGAAACAGUGAUUUGCCAUAUGGUGUUUGUGCCAUUAAUUCAUUGGCUUCUUAUCCGACGAAGGAAUUAUCUUUUGUAUUAUCUCCUUAUCCAUCUCCCGCCGUUCCACCACCUCCUCCGCCAUCCCCUCCUCCCCCUCCACCACCUUAUCCAAAACCAAGUGAAUGUGGAGGCUGGUAUUCUUGUCCUGAAUAUCAAACAUGUUGUUGUGACUUGUAUUUCUUUGGCAUAUGCUUCCGUCAUAAGUGUUGUCCUUAUGAGAAUGGUGUUUGCUGUCAUGGAUCAGACUAUUGCUGCCCAGCUGAAUAUCCCAUUUGUGAUGUUUAUGAAGGCGUCUGCCUCAAGAGAUUUGAUGAUACUGUGGGAGUGGCAGCAAAGAAGAGAAGAAUGGCCCAAUACAAGUCACCAUGGAGUACAAGCACUAAAGAAACAGAGGAGAUGGGCCAAACUCUGAAAUGGAAGAGGAAGCAUGUUGCACCAAUGUUCUGAGUUAAAUAAUUGUUAUCAUGGCAUUCGAAAUGUUGAUAAAUAAAUGUAAUUCUGGUUCUAACACCAAGAAUUUUGAUGAAUAAAACUGUUUAGCUGAAACCACAAGUACAAUUCCUUAAUGAAUCUUGCUUGAGCAAAAAUAUGAAUUUCUUGAAAUACAGAACUAGAAAGAG